AUGUUGAAAAGCAGUAACUUUUUACUUACUGUAAGAUUGUGGUUUUACGGCUUCGCCACUUUUCAUUUAAUAUUUGUUGCGAUUAUGGUCUUGCCAAUUGAUAUGUCAAAAGAUGAAGACCCUAGGGUCAGUGUGUACAUUCGAGUGCGAUGGAAGCUUAUCACAUGUUGGUUUAAUCUUAUAAGUUUGGCUUACUUCCCGAUUUGUUUCUAUUGUGAUUGGAAAGAAAAACACGGCAAAUGGGAUGAGAAACGAGUGAAAACGUUUAGGAUAAUAAGGGAUAAUAUAAUGACAACUAUUUUGUUCCCAGUUACAAUGUAUAGUGACGUGACUUUUUGGGCAUUGUGGAUGAAAGAUCCAGCUCUAAUAGCGCCUGUGUCUAUAUUUGUGUAUCUCCCAAUAUGGGCACAGCACUCUUUGCACACUGUGUCAGCUGUGAUGAUUGUCUUGGAUCUCUUACUGUUGCCCCGAAGACGACCGCAUAAUUUAUUAGCGGGUAUGUGCGGUGUUCUAGCUUUCGCCGUUGUAUAUUCCGCUGUGUUGGCAUGGUACAUAAUAGAAUUUAGAUGGGGACGAGACAUGCCAAUGGAUGUUAUUUGCAAUGCAAUUGGAAAACGUAAAAUUAAG